AUGUUCAGCAAGGAGCUCCUCUCCGCCGUCGCGGCUAUCAGCUUCGUGUCCGGUGCCGCCGCUGUCAGCUGUUCCGACCCGACUGCCACCGUUGCCUCCGCCGCCGAUGCCACCCAAGUUGCCAACUGCCAAACGAUCAAGGGCAGCGUUCUUAUCAGCACUACUGCCGGGCCUGACAUCAACAUUGGUGGCGAACUGACCGAGAUUGGUGGUGACCUGGUCUGUGAGAACAAUGGCGCUAUUCACAGCCUCCAGAGUUCGUCUCUGGAGACCAUUGGUGGCAUCUUCCAGUUAAAGAACGUGACGCAGCUCAACUCCCUCAGCUUCCCGGCUCUGGGCGAAGUUGGUUCCAUCGACUGGGCCACCCUGAACUCUCUGCCUGAGCCCACCUUCGGCACCCCCGGUAUCACCAAGGCUAAGAGUGUUACCAUCGCCGAUACCUUCAUUGAGACAAUUGACGGCAUCAACGUGGAGUCGUUGACGGAUAUGAACAUCAACAACAACCGACGUUUGACCAAGUUCUCGUCCAGCAUCAAGAGCUUGAGCAAUGCUCUGUACAUCCAAGCCAAUGGUCUGAACCUGACCAUGGAGAUGCCCAACCUCGAGUGGAUUGCCAACAUGACCAUUGCCAACGUUACCUCUUUGACUGUCCCGUCUCUGAAGACUGUCAACGGUUCCAUGCGAUUCGACUCCAACUACUUCGAGAACUUCCUUGCUGCCAACCUUACCCAGAUUCAGGAGGGCGACUUGUCGUUCGUUAGCAACCCCCAGCUCCAGAACAUCUCAUUCCCUGUCCUCGAGAAGGUCGGAGGUGGAUUGACUAUCGCCAACAACACUGCUCUCGGCAAGAUUAACGGUUUCGGUGCUCUGCAGGAUGUUGGUGGCGCCGUCAUCUUCCGAGGUUCCAUGGACGACAUCGAGCUUCCCAAGCUGGAGAACGUCGUUGGUACCCUCGUGGCUAUCAGCACUGAGGACUUGACGGACUCUUGCAACACUCUGAACAAGUUGAGCGGAGGCGUUAUCCAGGGUACCGUCACCACCUGCCACGGCAACGAUAUGGAUGCCAACAACGACACCUCUUCCGACACCAGCGGUGACGGUUCCAGCAGCUCUGGCGACAAGAAGGGUGCCGCGUCUUUCGCCGGUGUCAGCAUGCCCACCAUUGUCUCGUUGGCUGCCUUCGGCACCUUCUUCACUGCAUUCUUGUAA